AAGGUAGUCCCUGUUAUGAGGCCAAUGAGGGUCGUUAGAAAGGUAGUCCCUGCUGUGAGGCCAAUGAAGGUCGUUAGAAAGGUAGUCCCUGUUAUGAGGCCAAUGAAGGUCGUUAGAAAGGUAGUCCCUGCUGUGAGGCCAAUAAAGGUCGUUAGAAAGGUAGUCCCUGUUAUGAGGCCAAUGAAGGUCGUUAGAAAGGUAGUCCCUGCUGUGAGGCCAAUGAAGGUCGUUAGAAAGGUAGUCCCUGUUAUGAGGCCAAUGAAGGUCGUUAGAAAGGGUGUGCCCUCGGUGAGACAAGGAAAAGUCUUCGUUGUGCAUCGAGUUGUUGAAUACGUCACCCCUUCGGUGGUAACAAAAAGAUUCCCCGUUGUGACACAGAAGAAGGUUCUUGCAAAGGUUCCCCCUACGGUGACAGAAGGAAACAUCCCCGUUGUUACAGAAAAGAAAGUUACUGAGAAUCUUAUCCCCUCUGUGACAGAAGGAAAAGUGCCGGUUGUGACAACUGAGAAGGUUGCUGAGCAGGUUGCCCCUUCGGCAACAGAAGAGAUCGUCAGUGUCCCCAAGGAGCAAGAAAAUGUCCCUGUCAUGACAGAAAAAGAGGUUGAGAAUCUUAUCCCCUCUGUGACAGAAGGAAAAGUACCGGUAGUCCCUCAACAGGAGAUUGUUGACAAGGUUGCCCCUUCGGCGACAGAAGAGAUCGUCAGUGUCCCCAAGAUGCAAGAAAAUGUCCCUGUCGUAACAGAAGAAAAGGCUGAGAAUCUUAUCCCCUCUGUGACAGAAGGAAAAGUUCCGGUUGCGACAACAGAGAAGGUUGCUGAGCAGGCUGCCCCUUCGGCAACAGAAGAGAUCGUCAGUGUCCCCAAGAUGCAAGAAAAUGUCUCUGUCGUAACAGAAGAAAAGGCUGAGAAUCUUAUCCCCUCUGUGACAGAAGGAAAAGUUCCGGUUGCGACAACAGAGAAGGUUGCUGAGCAGGCUGCCCCUUCGGCAACAGAAGAGAUCGUCAGUGUCCCCAAGAUGCAAGAAAAUGUCCCUGGCGUAACAGAAGAAAAGGCUGAGAAUCUUAUCCCCUCUGUGACAGAAGGAAAAGUUCCGGUUGCGACAACAGAGAAGGUUGCUGAGCAGGCUGCCCCUUCGGCAACAGAAGAGAUCGUCAGUGUCCCCAAGAUGCAAGAAAAUGUCCCUGUCGUAACAGAAGAAAAGGCUGAGAAUCUUAUCCCCUCUGUGACAGAAGGAAAAGUGCCGGUAGUCCCUCAACAGGAGAUUGUUGACAAGGUUGCCCCUUCGGCAACAGAAGAAAAAGUUCCUGUUGUGGUAAAAGAGAAAGUCAUUGAACAGGCUGCCCCACAAGAAAGGGUUAUUGAAAAGGUUCCCCCUGCGGCGACAGAAGAAAAAGUUCCUGUCGCGGUCAAAGAGAAAGUUAGUGAACAGGCAGCCCCUUCGGGGACAGAAGAGAUUGUCACUGUUCCCAAAGAGCAAGAACAAGUCCCUGUUGUAACAGAGGAAAAGGUCGUUGAAGAGGUUGCCCCCUCCGUAACAGAGGAAAAAGCUCCCGUUGUGACAAAUCAGACGGUUGUCGAAAAGAUUACUCCUACCGCAACAGAGGAAGAAGUUGUCACUCAACGGAAGCUCGUUGAGAAGGUUGCCCCCUCUGUCGAGGAAAAUGUAGUUGACAUUCCAAAGAGGGAGGAAGUGUAGUUGACACAAUUGCUCCUGUUGUAAAGAAGGCAAGUACAACAGAGUAGUGAUACCGUGUUGCUGUUUCUAUUAUCAAUUUCGUUACAUUAU